GCCUAGGGUUAAACCCUAACCCUAAACCCUGCCCUAGGGUUAAACCCAAACCCUAAUCUAGGGUUAAACCCUAACCCUAAACCCUACUCUAGGGUUAAAUCCUAACCCUAAAUCCUAGCCUAGGGUUAAACCGUAACCCUAAACCCUAGCCAAGGGUUAAACCCUAACCCUAAACCCUAGCCUAGGGUUAAACCCUAACCCUAAACCCUGCCAUAGGGUUAAACCCUAGCCUAGGGUUAAACCAUAACCCUAAACCCUGCUAUAGGGUUAAACCCUAACCCUAAACCCUGCCAUAGGGUUAAACCCUAGCCUAGGGUUAAACCAUAACCCUAAACCCUGCUAUAGGGUUAAACCCUAACCCUAAACCCUGCCCUAGGGUUAAACCCUAACCUUAAACCCUGCCCAAGGGUUAAACCCUAACCCUAAACCCUGCCCUAGGGUUAAACCCUAACCCUAAACCCUGCCCUAGGGUUAAACCCUAACCCUAAACCUUGUCCUAGGGUUAAACCCUAACCCUAAACCCUAGUCUAGGGUUAAACCCGAACCCUAAACCCUAACCCUAAACCCUGCCCUAGGGUUAAACCCUAACCCUGCCCUAGGGUAAACCCUGACCUAGAGUUAAACCCUAACCCUAAACCUUAGCCUAGGGUUAAAUCCUAACCCUAUAAAUCCUAACCCCUUGGUAUGUAUAUAUAUCCUUAUAUUAUUUAAUUAGUAUAAUGAGACAAAGAUGUAUUUCUAUAUCUAAGGGAUUUAGACUAAUCUAGUGUUUCUAUUAUGGGUUAGAUUAGGAUGAUUAUGUUGUACAUACACCUUGUGGGUGAAUGAAUAAGAUGCACAAUUAGGCAUAUGAUGUUUCAAACAAGAUUUACUUCCAAUGAAACUGACGUCUUCCUGUGUGGGGAGAAAUGUUCGUCCUCUAGGCAAGAAAAAUAAAAGUUACUUUUAACUGAUUUUUAUAUAUGAUAGAAGAAAUAUUAAAGUUUACGAUCAUAAAAUAAUUGAGGGUUUUUUAUCUAAUGUUUUAAAAUCUUAUCCGGAGUUCUUAAUUUAAUGUUUUUAAUAUAUGACAUCUCCCCACAUGGGGGAGAAAUGUUUGUCCUCUGGACCCGUGAUGUUAUACUUACAUGCAGAAGUUUCUUUUGUGGUUCAUAUACAUGAGAGAAAAAAAACUCUGAAUGAUGAUUACAUACAAUUUGAAGCAACAUCAAAUGCUUUUGAGCAUGAAGAGAGUAGCUAUCUGGUUAAAGGUAAGUCAUCUGGAUGAGCAGAGGCAUUGGCGUUAAAAGUCAUCUGGAUGAGCAGCAUCGAAACCAUACUUGAUUACUUGAUAAGAACAAAAAACUAAUCAUAACUAAAGACCACAUGUCAUCUGGAAUAUUUUAAUGUCUACGUAAGCAAAUAAAAAACGCAUCGUACUAUAGAUGAUAUACCUUUGGAAGGACCAUGUGAUAAAAAGCAAAUAUGUAACAGAAUAUAUACAUUUAUAAGAAUCUUCUCAAAAGAUAUGCCAAGUUAAGUUUUAAAAUAAAAUAUGCCAAGUCUUUCUUCCUUUUCUAUUAAAGUGUUCUAAGAAAACACUCAUGCGGUUUCAUAUUGUAUACUUUCUUAUAUAAUCCAAUGUACACAUAUUAAAAAUAAUAAUUUAAAUUAUUUUAUUUAAUUAUAAUUUAUAAUUAGUUUAUUUAAUUAUAAACAUACAUUAGAAUACAAUUAGUCACACAACACAUUUAAAAUUAUUUGGAAUUUUGUAAUCUGAAUGGAAGAAACAUAGUUUUUCAGUUGAAAACGACAUACUAAACAGUAGAUAUUAAAUGUGAUGUUGAUACUGUGGUAAAAUCAGCUCUCUCAUUGCUAAACUCAUCUUCUUCUAAUGGAGUGUAGGCUGUUUAUUUAUGAAAUGAAAUUGUGUGUUUUAUCAAAAAAAAAAGCCAGUAGUAGAUAUACAUCCAUUGAGCAAUAAAAAUGUUGGCUGUGAACCGCACAACGAUAACGUUAUUCGCUUGGUUUUGUUUAUAAUAUCCUUCUCGAAUAAAUUUGUCCCCCAUUCUUUAACAAUAACAGAAAAGCUAUCCACAUUUUUUUUCUUUGACGACACCGAUAUGGAUGUAUCGUCGUGGCUUGUCGAGCAUGAAAGUUGAGAGUUAUUCAUCAAAAAAUUGAUGCUUCUGAGUGAUAUCAUUUGAAAGGGGAAGGACCACGCGUCUUCGAUACCUUAUCUCCCUGCAUGUCUUGGCUUUAGUAUAACGAAACUCGACCCUUUUCCGUAUAUAUAUAUAUAUAUAUAUAUAUAUAUAUAUAUAGAUGCAUACAUGUGAAACGCCAACAACAGGAGAAAAGAACGAGUAGUAUACGUAAGUCAUUAAUUCGAUCAUGGAGAUGAACAGUUCAAGGAGAUCAAGAGGGUUCAAGAUAGCUAAGCUACUGCCCUUUUGCAAAGCUCUCAAGCCUCCAACUGCCUCCCAAGACCUUUACAAUAAUGUUCACUACACUUCCUCCACCACAACUUCCUACGCUCCUCAACCUGAUUUCAAUAACUACGUAACUCCUCUUCCUCCUAAAGUUAGCUUCCUCCUUCAACCAUCCGUGGCUCAUGAGGGGGAGGAUAUGGACAAGAAGCUUAACAAGAUGAGAGAAAAGCUGAUCGGCAGAGGGAUUAAUGGUAUGGAAGAUUGUGUUGACGCUAGAGCCGCUUCUUAUAUAUCUUCGGUUCGAGAAAGGUUCAAGCUGGACCAUUGUGAGAGACUGACGACGACUGUUGUUAGCUUAGAUCAUGAAGAUGUUGACCGUUAGAAUUUAGGUGACCUAUAAAUCUGUCAGAACACGUCAGAAAAAAAAACACUCGCCACAAAAGCUUAAAGCCAAUCGUUAAGUUAAAUACAAGUUUCGUUGGGUUGUUUUUUUUUUUUUUUGAACUAUUUCUUGCAUUAAAAUAAAAAGAAGAGUAGCAAAAGUGACAAUAAGCCAAUUUUAAUACAGACCCAAUAGAAACCCAUUAGAACCUAAUUGCCAAAGGGGAAGCCCAAACAAGGAGAAUGAAACAGAGGCCCAACCCCCCUAGUUAGAACAAUCGUAGAACGAGAUUAAAAACUAGUUAGAACCCUAGUUAGGCUGACGAGA